AUGGUCUCUAUCAGUAUCAACGGGGGACUACUUAUUUUGGCGGCACUUGUAUUGAGUGUGUCCGCUGCGCCCAAUGCCGCCAGUGCAGCAGCGGCGCCUACUCAAGAGCCGAAAGUCAGCUAUUCGGCGCCCAUCAAAAUCAACCGCAACGCAUUGCACCCUCGCAACGGCAACUUGAAAGAAGGCGAUCUUGCUAAAUGGAUCGCUAGGGAGCGUGCGAGGAUUGAUUCCAAGUACGGCCAUCACAAUAAGCGCGACUCGAACGAGACGAUGCACAAGCGGCAAUAUGUUGGGUUGGCCGAUGUCGGCAGGGACAGUUUCUAUUUCGCCCAGAUCGGCAUCGGCACGCCUGAGGAGUCAUUCAAUGUUGUGCUCGAUACUGGGUCUGCUGACUUUUGGGUCGCCGACGCACAGUGCGUGCCACAACAGGGAUGCCCAAACGACAUGCAGCGCUACGACUCGUCCAAGAGCUCGAGCUUCAAAGACUCGUCCAAAUCAUUCCAUGUCCCGUAUGGAUCCGGUGAAGUCGCUGGGUCGCUUGCGGCAGAGGACGUGUCUCUUGCUGGCUACAAGGUCGACGGCCUCACCUUUGGCCGCGCGUCAGAGAUGCAGGAAAACACGCUGUUUCCGCCUACGUCGGGUCUGAUGGGCAUGGGCUUUGAGUCGCUUGCCUCGUCGCGGAGCACGCCAUUUUGGGAGGUACUCGCUAUGCGCGGCGCUCUCAAGGACCCCCUAUUUUCUUUUCAGCUUGCGACGAACCAGGAUGCACGUCGGGUGAAUGAGAUCAACACGGGUGGCCUUUUUACGCUUGGCGCGCUCGAUAACAACCAGUUCCAAGGCGACAUUAACUGGGUCCCAUUGCUCAAACAGUACGGGCCCAAAGGCAUCGGGUACUGGGGUAUCCGUCUCGACAGUGUCCAGAUCAAUGGCAACCGCCCCAUUGGCCUUGGCAACGGAAACACGGUUGCGGUCGACACGGGCACGACGCUGAUCGGUGCACCGCCACCAAUCGUGGAGCAGGUGUACAGCCAGAUUCCCGGUGCGCGCUCCGCAUCUUCCUCGUCGAUGUCUUCGAGUGGCCAUUACAUGUACCCGUGCAAGCAAAAAUUCGAGGUCAAGUUCACGUUUAAUGGGCGCACUUUUAGUUUGAACGACGAGCAAAUGAAUCUCGGAGCGGUCUCGACAACGGGCCAGUACUGUAUUGGUGCGAUCUUUGCGCAGCCCACCUCGCCCAACUCGGCCAUGCCCGCAUGGAUUUUGGGCGACACGUUCUUGCGCACCGUCUUUUCUGCGUACCGAUUCGACCCUCCAGCAGUUGGCUUCGCCGACUUGUCUGCGGACGGCGUGCAGACCAAGGCUAUGACGUCCAUUCAGACACACACGACCGUGGCCGAACAAAGUGCUUUCACUGGCGGCGGCGGCGGUGGCGGUGGCGGCGGCGGACCCUUGCCGACACGCUCUUCGCAAAAUGGCAUUUCAAGGCUGUUUGGUGGUGACGGUCUUCCUACGCCAUCGGUCGCGAGUGUGCCGUCUGGUAUGCCGCCGCCAAGAAGCAGCGCACGUAUCGCGUUCGGAAGGACGUCUCAGGCGGUGUAUGCAACGGUGGCCACGACGCUGGCUGCGACGCUGCUUGUGUGCUUCAGCGUUAUAUAG